CUUGUCGCCAUUAAUGUUUUGGAUAUUGGAAGAGAAGUAAGAUACUGAGAAAUAUGAUCGAGCGUUUCAUCUCAUUUCCGGGUUGAUUGGUUUUGAUACUGUGAGCUCCCAUCAUGUUGAUGGAUCGCCCAAUCCCGGUCAUAUCACCGGGCUGUAUAUCUUCACUGUGCUCAACCUGAUUGCCAUGCUCAAUGUCUCACUCGUCAGCGGGGACGUCACUGUUCUGGACAUCCAACAGAAUGAGACGAUUGUAAUCUUUGAAGAUAUGGAAUCCAUUUUCGGGCCCAGUCUGCCUGCAGAUGGUAUAGUGGGUCGACUUGUGUAUGUGACUCCACGCAAUGCCUGCAUGCCAGUGAAUCCCCCCCCAGACUUGCCAAGGAGUGGAGUGGCAUGGAUAGCCCUCAUUGCCAGGGACAACUGCGACUUUGCACUCAAGGUAUUGCACGCGCAACAAGCGCACUUUGAUAUGGCGAUAGUUCAAAACAGCUUCAACAACGAUGAACUCGUCAGAAUGGGAGGAGGGAAAUAUGGCAGUGAGAUUACUAUCCCCUCAGUAUUUGUUGGCUACCACAACGGCAUCACCCUUGGCACCGAAUACAACUACAAAAACACCAACGUCCUCAUCAACAUUGACGACGGUAUCCCCGACAUUGACUACAAAGUCUACCUCUGGCCCUUCGCCAUCGUCAUAGGAACAUGCUUCUGUCUUAUGUUGGUGUUCAUGAUCGCUAAAUGGUGUCGUGACAUCAGGCGCCAGAGAAGGUCAAGGUUAUCGAAAAAACACCUUAAAAAGAUACCAAUUAAGAAGUUCAAGAAAGGUGACUACUAUGAUGUCUGUGCUAUAUGUCUGGAUGACUACGAGGAAGGCGAGAAGAUGAGGGUGUUGCCAUGCUCACAUGCCUACCAUGUCAAGUGUAUAGACCCCUGGCUGCUGAAGAACAAGAAGACGUGUCCCGUGUGCAAGCGACGAGUGAUACCAGGCCAGGAUGCAGAGUCCGACUCCGAGUCUGACGAGGAGAACAGCACCGCUUCUCCAACAGAGGCCACGCCUCUCCUGGGAGGUCAAACCAGAAGUAGUCCCAGUCGCAGGUCGACCUUUGACACUUCAGGACUACCAGAAGCUGUAAGGGGAGAGGUCGUGCCAGUUCAGGGGUCAAGGUCGGUUGAGGGUGAACACGAUAAUGAGUCUGUGAACUCAGAUGAGGGUGCUGUCGGGGGAGUUGUUCAAGAGUCGGUUCAGGUUGUCGUUGAAAAUGAGAAUUCUCGCAACGUAAACACUAAUUAUGGAUAUUCAAGCGAGGAAGAAGUAAGUGUUGUCAGUAACGACAAAAACAAGGAGAAAAAGAGAGAACUGAACCAAGUGGUUUGAAAAGACAACCUGAUCUCCCCUGGAAAUGGAAUAGACCAGUUAAUGACAAUGGAUUGGAAGAAUUCAUCGUGUCAUCAGAGGUAGAGACUUACGAUGAUGUUGAUGAUGGUCAGUGAUUAACGAAUGAUAUUAUAAUGCUGUGAUUAGUGCAAUGAAUGACACAUUGCUGGUUGAUUCAGGUGAUGAUUUCAGCAAGUUACGCCGGAUAGACGCCGAGUAGCAUCACCAUCAGGUGAUUGAAGACGUUUGUUGUGAAUUGAAGGAUGCUUGAAGGUGACAUCACAUUUCAAGUGGUCCCAAGUAUGACACUGGAACUUGGGGCAUUCUAAACCUCGCCCUACAAGCUCUUGAGCAUGGGGUGUUGUGACGUUUGACAUUGCUGUAAUUUUCUUGAACAUAUUUUACAAAAUCUGAACUUGUAGUUUAUAAUUAAUUUGAAAAUAAGAAAAUGUACAUUAUACUGUAUGUGACAAGAGUACUGAUGCAAAUGAUAGAAUGUGGAAUGAGACACCCACCCAACCAAUCUGGUGCCUUGUCUCUUAAGCCAAUCAGCAGCCAAAUACAGUGGAAGAAUAUUAGAAGGCCUGUGAUUUGUUAACUGUGGAGGGAAGUAUGAUAGGUCUGUCCCUACAACUGGGAAGUGAGACAGUUUAAAUGAUCUGCUGAAGCACUGCUGCAGUACUGUUGAUUUGAAGCCUUGUUGAGCUAACGCUUUAGCAUUGAAGCAUUGCUGUGUUAAAGUCUAACAUUGAAACACCUCGGAUUAAUGUUGCAGCACAUUGAAGCAUUACUAUGUUAAUGUUUCAACAUUGUUUAAACAUUGCUGUUUUUGUUGAUGCAUUGCUGGGUUAAUGUUUCAGCACAUUGAAGCAUUACUUUGUUAAUGUUUC